AUGGGAAAGAAGAAUCGGGCAUCAGCGGCCCAAGCAGCGGCCAAGGCGCCUGCCUCAUCCAGUUCCGAAGGCAAGGCCAUAAUGCCCGCUAGCCAGCCGACUGUCGAUGAGCCGGCGAAGAAGAAGCAAAAGAAGCAGAUAUCCUCCCCAUCUUCCUCUGGCGGGAAAGCGAAAGAGACGGGGCCGGCUCAUCCGCUGCCGUGCACCAUUGGCCAAUUCACCGCUGUGCCUCUUCGGCUGCCCUCCAAAUUCAUCAAGUCGACGCCGUACCACUGGAUCUACAUCCGCGCGCAUGCCUCCAGCGAAAGCGCUCCUACCUCAUCCGCUGGGCCUGGCUCCUCGAAAACAGCGGAGCUUCCCGCCGAGCGCACCCUCUUCGUCGCCAACCUGCCAGUCGAGGCUACCGAGCGGCAUUUGCGCGCCCUGUUCCAGCCCGCCGGCGGCAGGGUGCAACGCGUCAUCUUCCAGGCGGCCAAGAACCUGUACGAGCGCGAGGAGCUGCGCCGAAGAAGCCUGCUUCCUUCGUCUGGUAGUGAUGGUGCGGAUGGCGUAGAAGAGGAGGAGGACGAGUAUGAGGACGUGGACGACGGAGAGGAUGAAAUGCCGGAUGCCUCCACAGCUGAGGUGCACAGUGUCAUGAAAGCAAAAAAUAAGCAAGCACAGAAAGGCAGCAAGAAGAAUUCCAAAAGCAUAUCCAAUGCUCUCCUCUCCUCUAUACCGAGCAUCACAGCUCUCCCGAGCAUGGACCCGCGCGUCGCAUCCAACCCAUCCUCUUCCGCCUCGUCGAAAGAAGCCAGUAUACCCGUACCGCCACUACUGCCAACCGGUUCGUCUGCACACGUUAUCUUCCUCGACGCCAGCACGCUCACGCGCGCUGUGCAGCUCGCGAAAGAAGGCGCGCUCACCCCGCGCGGCUGGGCCAACCCGGACCCAUUUGCGGACCUCGCGCUGGCCGAAACGGAGGCCAGCGCGCGUAUACCGCGAGGAGGAGUGCAUGCAGGUACCGCGGCCGGGUCCGACACGACUGGGAACGCGAAUGCAGGCGCGGGCGUGGGCGCCAACAUGACGGCGAACGGGAAAGUGGACGCGGCAGCACGUGCGGCUUUUGCGGCGGGUGCACGCGCGCCGCCACUCGGCCUCGCGUACCUGCUCGCCGCGCACGACCUCGCGCGGCCAUCGCUCGGCGCCGUGCGCACGUAUGCGGACAGCUGCAUUGCACGCUACGAGUACCUGCGUGCGCACCCGGCUGCCGCCGCCGCUGCUGAUGCCGCGAAUGGAGGCGGUCCCGGGAAGGGGGAGCAAACGAAAGGAGGCAUCGAAGCGGUUAGCGUCGGCCCAGAUGGAGAGCUGCUGGACGCGGAUGGCUUUGUCAUCGUACAGCACGGCGGAAAGUACGGGCGCGCGAACGCCGGGCAAGGGCAAGGCGUCGGUGUCAUUCGCAAGUACGCCUCUGCUUCCGCUCCUGGCAGCGACAUGGCGCAGACUCAAUUGGGUCAGGAACAGAAAAGGCAAAAGAAGAAGCGUGCACUGGAGCUGGACGACUUUUACAAGUUCCAGCGCCGCGAGAAGAAGCGCGAUGAGUUGGCCGAGAUGCGUGCGCGCUUCGAGGCGGACAAGGAGAAAGUGCGCAAGCUGCGCGAGGGCCGGAGGUUCAAGCCUUAUUGAAUGCCCAGCAGCACGUGCGCUAGAGAAUCAUGGACGGUACUUUGCAUUCUACCCAAUAUAUGUACAAGUUGCAGACCUCGAUGGAAU